CACCCGUGACCAGACCUAGCCACCUCCAUUAGACUAAAUCCAAACCUAAGCAGAAGCAGUCAUGCCUCAUCGGAGACGGAGAGGAGAGAGCUGUAUACCAUUUUUGUACUAUUGAUUUGUUCUCUUUAUUUAUAUAUGAUUUUUGAAGGUUUGCAGCACAUAAAGGAUGAAGGUGGCUGGGGUCAACUGGUCAAGCAUACGGGAAAUCUUCACUUCACCCAUAACCACCCAGAUCCAGAUCCAGAUUUAUUUAUUUAUUUAUUUUUAUUUUUUUGGUACAAACAAGUUUAUUUAUUUUAUCUCUUUCUUUUCACAUUCUGUGGAAGUUUUUUAGCUCAUCAGUCACCUUCCUUUCUGCGUCCGCCUCUGGUCUGGUGCAAAUUCAACCUAGAUGGCGUGGGUUCUGAUAUUUUCUUCUCUCAUUUUUCUGUGGAUCAUUUCUCUAUGCAAUAUUCUCCUUCUCUCGCGCAUCCCUUUCACCAAACAUUUUACGCAUAAUGGCAGAGCUUUUGUGAAGAGAAAUGUCUUGUUGGUUAUUGCUCAUCCUGAUGAUGAAUCCAUGUUCUUUACUCCAACUAUAAAUUUCCUGACUUCAAGGGGGCACAGUGUUCAAAUACUUUGCUUAUCUAUUGGUGAUGCAGAUGGCAAAGGAAAUAUCAGAAAACAAGAGCUUUUUCAGGCUUGUGUAGCCCUCAAGGUUCCAAUGCAACGAGUGAAGAUUGUCAACCAUCCAGAUCUGCAGGAUGGUUUUGGUAAAGUUUGGAACCAUAGCUUAUUGGCAAGGAUUAUUGAGGAAGAAAUAACCAAUCACUGCAUUGAUAUGAUUAUUACUUUUGACAGCUAUGGUGUCUCGGGUCAUUGUAAUCAUCGUGAUGUGCAUUAUGGAGUAUGCAGCAAGCUACUACAUGAUAACGUACAAAGAGAUGUUGAAGUUUGGGAGCUGGUUAGCGUCAACAUAUUGCGUAAGUAUAGUGGUCCUGUUGAUAUCUGGUUGUCCAUGUUUUGGGCCAUACUGCACUCAAAUGAAACAAUGCAGUGCUUGGUAAAUGAACAUUCACGUCGUAGCUUUAUCGCUAUGGCCCAACACUCAAGCCAGUGGGUGUGGUUCCGCAAGCUUUUUGUGGCCUUGUCCAGUUAUACCUACAUGAACACUCUUAGAAAGAUAAAGUGAAGUUACAACGCUGAAGGAGUUGUGUUACGUGUGAGAUGAGCUUUCAUUUGUUGCAAUCCUGUUUGGCAUCUACAUGAGCGUACACCAAACUUUCCUUUUGGUUCAAGCUAUACAUUACGUUGAAUUGUGGCUCAAACAGCUUUUCACUUUGUCUCGACAUCAUGGAACGGAAUCACUGCUUAUUUUCUUCAAAAUAUCCUAGAUGCAUAUGUUCAUUAACAGAGCUCAAAGUAUGUCUCAGGUUUUGCUUACUUUACAAUUCUUUGUAUUGGUAAAGUAGCACAAUAAAUGUUAUUACUGCCGAUAUAUUAGUGAAGGGCCUCACAGGCUAAUACUUGGAAAUGUUCUGUAAUUAUAUUU